AUGCGCCUUUUAAAGAUUGACGGUGCGGGUGGACUCAGCCUGACCGAAGACCUCCAAGACAACCUUCCCGCCUACGCCAUCCUCUCUCACACCUGGGGAGACGAUAAAGACGAGGUCAAUUUUGACGACCUCAGAAGUGAAUCAUGGAAGAAAAAGGCUGGGGCCGCUAAGAUCCGGUUCUGUGGCGAACAAGCGAAAAAGGAUAAUAUGGCACACUUCUGGGUGGAUACAUGCUGCAUUAAUAAAGCCAAUUCCACUGAAUACUCCGAGGCUAUCAACUCGAUGUUUCGCUGGUAUCGCAAUGCGGAUAAAUGCUACGUCUUUCUACUAGACGUCUCGAUUUACAGCCGAGACGCGAACUCUCGCCAGACGUGGGAGCAAGCCUUCCGCGAUAGCAGGUGGUUUACACGCGGCUGGACCCUACAAGAGCUUCUGGCGCCCGCGUCGGUCGAGUUCUUCUCGCGAGAAGAACAGCGCCUGGGUGAUAAGAAGGCGCUCGAACAGCUAAUCCACGAGAUUACGGAUAUUCCGACCGCUGCUCUCCGCGGUGCAGCCUUGUCUCAAUUUAGUGUGGACGACCGUUUGCGUUGGGCAGAAAAACGGAACACCAAGAAGCAGGAGGACAAGGCAUAUUGUCUACUGGGGAUCUUCGGUGUGUUUAUGCCUCUGAUCUACGGUGAAGGGGAGUACGCGUUCACCCGCCUCAAGGGGGAAAUUGAUAAAUCUCUGAGAGGCACGGGCUCACCAAGUGGCAACGUACAUUGGGCAGUGCCUCGCUCACCUAACACGUUAUUCACAGGGAGAAAGGACAUACUUGAUAAGCUGGAAAGGAUUGUCCGCUCCACGGUACGGCACGCCCCGGGUAGCAAUCAAUGUCGCGUGGUCAUCGCGGGCCUAGGUGGACAGGGUAAGAGCGAGAUCAGCUUACAACUUGCGCAGCGCGUCCGGCCGCUAUUCUGGGGUGUUUUCUGGGUUGAUGUCAGCACGUCAUCUUUGGCGGAGAACGGAUUUCUCGAUAUCACUAGGCGACUUCAAAUCCCAGUAUCCACAUGGGAGGAUAGCCGGCAGGCUCUCGCCAACAUUACGCGGCGAUGGAUGUUGGUGCUGGACAAUGCAGAUGACCCUAACGUCGACUAUCAAGCCUACUUUCCCCCUGGGUCGUCCGGUGUGGUGGUGCUGACGUCGAGGAAUGCAGAAUGUGAGCAAUAUGCCACCGCUGAAUACGUGGCUUUGGAAGGACUUCCGACAGACGACGCAACGGAACUGUUACUGAAAGCAGCCGGUGUCCCCAGCAGCCAGCGUCUGCUCGAGGACGACGCGCGAGAAGUGGCGAUCUUGCUCCAGUCACAUGCUCUCGCCUUAAUCCAGGCCGGCGCGUAUAUACAACGAGGUCACUGCACUCUGGCGGACUAUCCCCGGGCGUUUGAGCGUCAACGAAAGCGACUUCUCGAGUUUCGGCCAUCUCAAGCUCAGUCUCGGUAUCGGGACGUGUACGCAACCUUUGAAGCGGCGGUCGAGAUCUUACAGGCGAGCCAGGCACAAUCGGCGCGGGAUGCAUUGGAAGUGUUGCCCCUCUUGGCGGUGUGCGGGCCGAGCCAGCUACCAUUGUCCGUGUUUGAGGCGGCAUGGAAAGGAGCGCAGCGCAUACAAACUCGCCAAGCGGCAGAUGAGGACGAUUUUCCGCUAAUGGCGUGGCAUGUGUCUCGACUGCCUUCGCUCAUGCAAGUUAGUGAUGACGUCUGGGAUUCGUUCCGGCUGGUAGAGGCUGUCAAUGCGCUGCGAACAUUCGCGCUGGUGUCGACCACUGUUGAACAUGGGCAGAUGAGCGUAUCGAUGCAUCCCUUGGUGCACGCGUGGGCGCGAGACCGUCAAGAUGAGCCGCAACAGCACGAAUCCUGGAUCUGCAUGGGAUGUGUGGUGGCGGUGUCGGCUAGCGAGAAAGAGAUGUGGCGAAUAUACGCACGGCAACUCCAACCCCACCUUCAAGCGAUCACCUCUUGGGAGAUGAGGUGCGCCUUUCAAUCCGAGCCUCAGGUAAUGGUAGCUUCUAUUUUGGUGGAAUGUGGAUGGCAGCUGCAGAAGAUGAGGGAUGACAAGACAGUUUUCAUGCUGCUUGAUCGGCUGUGUUCUCAUCUGAAACUUGAUAGAUUCAGUGUCGAUGAAGGCUGGGUCGGGCUAUAUCACAUUAUUGGUCGAAACUUGUUGUUUUCUGGCAAAAUCCGAGAUGCAGUUAAGCUGCUGGAAGAGGUAGCUCGGGUGCAGCAGCAGACAUUGGGGAAGCAUCAUCAAGCUCGACUAGCUUCGCAGCUCAACUUAGCACGGGUAUAUAUGGCCGAUGGACAGGUUAAGGUUGCGAUACCACUGCUGGAGGAGGUAGUGCGGAUUGACCAAACACUGCCGGAGGAUCAUCCAGAUCGACUAGCGUCGCAGCAUGACUUGGGACAAGCGUAUACGGAGAAUGGACAGGUUAAGGAGGCAGUUGAACUACUGGAGGGGGUAGUGCGGAUUCAGGAGACAAUGGCGGAGGAUCAUCCAAAUCGACUGGCUUCACAGCAUGCGUUGGCACUGGCGUAUGAGGCUGAUGGACAGAUUGAGGAGGGAGUUAAGCUGCUGGAGGAGGUAGUGCGGGUUGAGCAAACAGUGUCGAAGGAUCAUCCAGCUCGACUGGCGUCGCAGCUUGAGUUGGCUCAAGCAUAUGUAGUCAGUGGCAAGGUCAAGGAUGCGAAGCGGCUGCUGGAAGAGGUAGUGCGGAUUCAGGAGACAAUGGCGGAGGAUCAUCCAGAACGACUGCUGUCGCAGAACAAUCUGGCUAUUUGCUUAUGGAAACUCGGCCAGCACUUUCCGGCCCUGGAGAUGAUGCGGCACGUCGUGGAGACCUGCAAACGGGUAUUUGACCCUGAUCAUCCUCAUCGCAUACGAUCGGAGGAGGCGUUGGAAUACUGGGAAGAGGAAUGCGCUGAGUGUGGGGGAGUUACAUGA